AUGGCGGACCAAGCUGUUGUUCCCUCUGAGAGGGAUUCAUCUGAUGAGGGUCCGGCAAGUCCUGUGAGGGGGCGUCAGCAAAAAGCAUGGGAGGUCAUCUGCAAGCAAGCGUUGGAUCCCAGUGAGUCAUUGAGGCGUGCGGGGCAGAAAUGGCUUCAGCAACAAGGCAUUCUCCAUAACACUCUGACGGCUUCAUCUGACAAGGGUGUGAAGACCUUGAUAGCUCGAUGCUCCAGCUGUUUGAGUUGCAGUAAACAGUGGUGCUUUUCCAACAGGGAGGGUCAGCUCCAGGUAGAGACAGUUGGUUUCUGUUCUGGUGACAAAGAUUUAGAGCGACUGAAACGCUCGCAUGCUAGGGCCUUCGCCAAGGAUCACACUCCUGGAAGGGCAUUGAAAAAGAUGUCAGAAGCCAAGAUCCCAAAGGAUGAGCGACCAGAAGUUUUCCAGCUCAAGAACCGGAGGCCGAAGAAAGAGCAAACUGGCCCUACGGAGCAUAGUGUUUCGUGUUUGGGGGAUCUUCGAGAGUUUGUUUCGGAUCCGCCAGCUGGCGUGACUGUUUUCCAUGACAGCAUGGUUUUGGAAAAAGAGAGGGUUGUGCUUGCUUUUGGUUUGAAGGAGGGCAUCAAUGAGAUUCUUCAGGAAAAAAGCUUUCCUGCUUUUGACGAGGUUGCCCAACAUUUUGCAGCAAAACUCUUGCUUGAACAGACAGAGAAGCUGGGCGUUCCACUGAUGCAGCCAGAUCCAGAUGAUGCUGAUGCGUCGAGUGAGUGGGAUGAGAAGCAAUUGAAAAUGGCUUGCGAGUUGUCUUGCAAGACAAUGUGGAAAUGGAGAAGUAUUUUGAGGAAAGCCGCCGAGUUCUCACCCGUCAGCCUUGCUUUGGAACACAGCAAACUUCGUGCGGAGAUUGUGGCCUAUUUGCGCGGAUUCGGAUCUGAGUUCAAGCCGUGGUUUGACACCCAUUUCCAAUCAUAUGAUGCCGACCUGGCCGCGAUGUCUCGAGAAACUACCUACGCAGCGUGGGGCUUUCCUGUGGUGGUGGCUUGCUAUGUGAAAGGCCGUCACUAUGAAGCAACUGCUUCGCUCGACGCGUGA